CUCUUUUUCACAGUGCGGUCAGUGUCUCCUUGCUCAAGCAAAGCACAGAGCGCAAACUCGGAUAGCCUUCCCAACUCAGUGAGUCCGAACAGAGUCGACCCGCCAUGGAAGGCCAGGAAGGAACUCAGGAGCUCCACCUCGUGCUCGCCCACAAGCUCUUCCUUCUGAGGCACCCCGACGUGCAGGACAUCGAGAAGGUCCGCCUCAAAGAGGAGGUCUUCGCUGUCGUCAAAGCUGACGAUAUGGCUGCGUUAUAUGAAGCCCUAAUCGCCGAUUCCGUGUUGGAGAGAGAUCAGGGCGUUCUGGACGCGAUGCGCGAGAAGAACGACGGCGAGAUUAAGAAGCUCGACGAAAAGAUAGCUGAUGCUGAAGAGAACUUAGGUGAAAGUGAAGUUCGAGAAGCUCAUUUGGCAAAAUCCUUGUUUUUCAUUCGAAUUGGUGACAAGGAGAAAGCAUUGGAACAACUAAAGGUUACAGAAAGCAAAACAGUUGCAGUUGGCCAAAAGAUGGACUUGGUGUUCUACACGCUGCAGCUUGCUUUUUUCUACAUGGAUUUUGAUCUAAUUUCCAAAAGCAUUGAUAAAGCAAAGAACUUGUUUGAAGAGGGAGGAGAUUGGGAAAGGAAGAAUCGUUUGAAGGUGUAUGAAGGCUUGUACUGCAUGUCCACUCGAAACUUCAAGAAGGCAGCGGAUCUAUUUUUGGAUUCUAUUUCAACCUUCACAACUUAUGAACUUUUUCCUUAUGACACUUUCAUUUUCUACACUGUCCUUACAAGCAUUAUAUCCUUGGAUAGAGUUUCCCUGAAGCAAAAGGUAGUGGAUGCUCCGGAGAUCUUGACAGUGAUAGGAAAAAUUCCUCAUCUUUCAGAGUUUUUGAACUCUUUAUAUGAUUGUCAAUAUAAAUCAUUUUUCUUGGCGUUUGCUGGCCUGACUGAGCAAAUAAAAUUGGAUCGCUAUUUGCAUCCACACUUCCGGUAUUAUAUGAGGGAGGUCAGAACUGUGGUUUAUUCCCAGUUUUUGGAAUCCUACAAGAGUGUCACAAUUGAAGCAAUGGCUAAGGCAUUCGGAGUUACAGUGGAGUUUAUUGAUGUGGAGCUCUCGCGUUUUAUUGCGGCUGGGAAGCUUCAUUGUAAGAUUGAUAAAGUUGCAGGUGUUCUUGAGACAAAUCGCCCUGAUGCAAAGAAUGCUCUUUACCAAGCAACUAUCAAGCAAGGGGACUUCCUAUUAAACCGGAUCCAGAAGCUGUCUCGUGUGAUUGAUCUGUGAAGUACAUUGGACUUCCAUGCAAUUUGGAAUGGCGCAAGAAUUUGCAUAUUUCAGAGGAAUACAGAGCACAAGGAAAUCUUGAUGGAUGCCUUUUAUUUGAUAAAUCUGAUAUUAACUUUAGCAUAGUCCAUCUGUUUUCCGAAUUUAUCCAGGCAUUGAACGUACUGAUUUCAGAUGUCAAUUCAGUUCUCUGUUUGUUUUGCUGA